AUGUCUGCUAUUUCUCCUUCUGUGACUCCCGUCACGCUGCGCUCCGUAUCCGGCAAGAGCCUACUGCUGACGCCGCCCGUGACGCUGGCGACGGUGUUGGAGGUUGCUACUGCCCCACCUUUCUCUUUCGCACCGGAAAGCGUUAAGGUCAUUCUUCAUGGUCGCAUUGUGCGCCUCCUCCAGUACCAACAGCAGCACGGGAGUGACUUGUUCAAGCUUCCUCUUGAUGCCUCCGCGUACACGCCACCCAGGACAACUGCCAAGUGCGCCAAUUCUGUCGUGCUUGCGUCAUCAUCCUCCUCCGGCGCCGAGUUCAAGGCUGAGCCCCGCUCUGUCAUUGUCUAUGGGGUGCCGCAGCGCAUUCGGGCGACCGCCUCAGCACCGCGCUCCGGUGCACAGGAGCCGGUAGCCCUCUCCACCCCCUUCGCUGAGGCUUCCGGAAAAUCGCUCCCAUUGUCCACUCCUCCCCGCGCCGGACAGCAGGAGUGUUCUGACAGUACCUGCACCACUGUCGCUGCGACGCCUACCACUGCGAAAGUGAGCCGGCGCGCUUCGUUGGUGCGGUUACCCAUCAACUCACCAACGACACAUGUCGCUGCCAUCAAGGGCCCUCUACCGUACCCGCACAGCCCUGAUGGUCUCCAUGAGCUUGGCAAGAUCUGCGCCGAGUUCGAUUCGGACGACGACGAAGACCUCAUCACGCUGCUGCAGGGCGCGCCGCCGAGUAUCUACAACCAUCCCACGGUACUCUACAUGUCAAACAAGGUAAAGGGUGAUUUGGUCAUUCUGCAGGCGGCGAUGGAGCAGAUCGCGCGCGUGUCGCCAGUCUUCUUCGACUGGAUCGUCGAGAAUCCACAGAGGUUCUUGAGUGCGCUCAACCGUGGCGGUGAGCGUUCGUUGCAGCAAGUAAAGGAUCAGCUUCGCAUGCUGGCCAUGCGAGCUAUGGCAGACCAGAUGAGCGGCGAGACGCCGUCCCGCCAUGUAAUGAUGUUGGAGGUGAACACGAGGGAUGGCUCGCCGGACGUGUACCAGGUCGAGGUACAGGUAGGCGAUUUCUCCGACGCGUCGACCCCAAGCGACUCUCUCACGGCGAACAGUCUCGCCGACAACAACUCGGCGGAGGAGGAGAGGGAGGACGGGGAAGACAGCGUGAACACGGGUGACGAGCUGGAGGAGAACGACACGGCUGCAUCGAGCAUCGAUGCAUCUGCCAAGGAUGGCGGCGUUGCCGGAGGCACGGAGGAGGAGGAAGAAGAGGACGAGCGACAUCGGGGCGCCAUUCUUUUGUCGAGCACCCCGGCUCCUCAUGAGGACCCACUUGCUUCGCAUCCGCCGUCGGAUGCGGUGCCGUCGCCGGACCGUGCGGUGACGGGUGCCAUGCUGUCGAACGAGGGUAGCGUGACUACGGCGGAGGAAAGAACGUCCGCUGAGGAACGCGAAUUGUCGUUGACCCCGUCUACCCCCGCAGAUGCCGUGGCUCGCCGCUCAUUCCCUCCCCUGCCCUCGACAUCUUCGACUGCCGCCAGGUCGGCCUCUCUCAACGUGGCAGCAAGUCUGGCCACGCCAGCCGUUUCUCCACAUGAAGACAUCGACGCCGAGGACGUGCUACUAUCGGGUCUACGGAAGGAGCUGCAGCACGUCCACUCCUUAACGCAGCAGUGGGUGCAUCAGGCCACUGGCGACGCGGCACACAGAACGCACACCGCUAUCAUGAAACUCCGUCGCGAUCUCUUCACCGUGCUGAACGAUCUCAUUACAACCUCGUCCACGCCCGCUUCCUUGUUACGGAGCUUCGGGGAUGUGCGGCGCCUUGCACUUCUUGCCUGCGACUUCUUCUCCGCAGCUGAGGAGUUUUAUGUGCAGCUGGAUGAGCAAGGUGUGCGCUCGUCCGUGUUUGGCGAGACGCCGCAGGACUCGGUGGCGGCAUGGGCGGUUGUGGCCGCGCUGAGUCGCCUUCUCGUUUGCGACGUGGACGCUGCGGUGGAGCGGCAGCUGCAGCAGGGUGCACCUGGUCUUAGCCGCGUAGGUGCGCUUCGCUCGCUGCAGCACAUCAACUCGAUUCGGGAAAACCCUGCGCUGCGCUGGACAACCGCCGAGGGGCCAGAGGAGCUCUUGAUGGCUCUCCUGCAGCUCUGUCGCCAGCAGCGGGCAGUGGUGCUGUGGUACAGCAGCCACUAUGUCCUGAAGGAGGUGGGCAAGACAAUCCAAACCAUGGCCUACAUCCUCGGCGGCCGGGGGGAGGCCCAGCAGACGGUGACGGUGCAGCGCUUGAAGGUGACGAGCAAAGCUCAUAAGCAGGACGAGGUGGCCGACUGCAUAACCACGUUGUCGGACGCGCGGGCGGAGACAGACACUUUGUCGUACGCUGUACGCUGUCAAUGGUUCUCUCUCAUGCGCAGCCGCUAUCAGCGACUCGUGCUCCCCAUCGAAAAGGACCUUCCAUUGCCCCACAUGACAUCGGACCCGCUCUACGUGUGCGACACGCGGCACGUGCUGCCCCCCAAAGGCAGCGGUGCACGCCCAGAGACGUUACGCGGCACCAUGGACAGUGCGGCUCGCUGGUGGGCCGGGUACUGUGACGAUCGACACACCUGCUGCGCUGACAAGUGGUGCCUGGCACUGACGGAACGGUUGUGGAAUGUCGUGACGGCCAUGGAGAACGCUACUGCGGAGGCGACUGCAGAGAACGUGGCUCUUGUGCUGACGUGUGACGGGACUGAAGCAAGUUCCACGAACUCGCUUUCACUGGAGGCAGCAGCGCGUGACUGGCUAGGCGACAUAACAUGGAUCCCGGUCGACAAAGUUGUAGUACCAUCGGCGGCAACAGCAUCGACAACGGUGUCACGUUCCGUCGCUCGACACUCUGCAGUCCUUUUCGAGCAGGUGUGCCCCCCAGCGGAGGCUAAGGACGAGACAGCAGCGGCGGACCACCCUUCCAGCGUUGCUGGUGUUCAUGGUAUGCCGCCCCUCUUCAGCGGGGAUGUGCAUAUGGUGGAUGUGGCUGCGAUGGCCCCAGGGCAUAGGCCAGUGCUGGAACUGGCUUGCGGCGCAGCGUUGCCGACGUACUUGGCAACGGUUGUGCGCAACUUUGUAUUGCCGGCCUCUGCACGCGAGCGGAUCUUCUUGCGGCAUUUGUUCGGCAUGUUUGCGAAGUAUCCACGCAUCCCGGUGGCGGCGGCGGUGCGAGAUGCAGCUCUCGCCAACGCACGCUGCCAGGACUCCCCGUGGCUGGUGAGUGAGUACGUGCUUUACGAUUACGGCGGCGCAUUAUCGACCUUUGCGAACGCUGACGCAAAGGCAGACACCACCGCUGCAGUGGGUGCAGCUGGGACAGCAAAGCCGGCGUCAUCUACCACCGCCGCAGCCCUGCCGUCACCGAUGACGAACCCAUCGACCGAGUGCGUCAGCGACAAUUUUGUGCGCAUGCCGAGCGUGCCGCUGAGCAAGCGCUUGAGCAUGCCUCGCCCGCUGCCGCCAACGCAGCGUAGACCUGUUCGCGCCACGCUUCGAUCACAGCUCGCACGUGCUCAAGCGGCGGCCGGCGAGAUGGAAAAGCGCCAGUACGCCCGCAGCCAUGCCGUCGAUGAACUGUACGAGAUGAUGCUUGGCAGCCUCCUUGAGCAUCGGCCGACCGGUGAGGCCGAUGUGCUGGACCAUUUAGUGCAUUACGUGGAGUCGUCGCAGGACGCGAUGCGGGAUCGCGUUUACGAGAGGCAGGCAGAGGCCGCCGCCGCUGCGGCACAGAAGGUAGCCCACAGCACCAAGCCCAGCCAUUCUGCGGUGGGUGGUGGUAGCGGUUGUACGAAGCCCCAACCGCCAGGUGGAAAGCCCAACACUUUCGCGCGUCGCAGACAAUGA